CAGUUAAAAUAUGAAUCUAAACACCAUGUGAUCAAAUGCAAGCGCUGAAAAGACCAUACACCACAGAUUAGUGUGUAAGGAGGCAAUGAAUGCAGCUUUUCUCUAGUAGCUGAAAGUGAAACUUAAUUUUACUGGACAAAAUGGCGCAGCAACUGAUUCAGCUGGAUCAAGAAAAACUGAGCUGUUCCAUCUGUCUGGACCUCCUUAAGGAUCCAGUCACUAUUCCCUGUGGGCACAGCUACUGCAUGGACUGUAUCAAAAACUGCUGGGAUGAGAAGGAAACACACAGCUGUCCUCAGUGCAGACAGACUUUCACACCGAGGCCUGUCCUGGUGAAGAACAUGAUUUUAGGUGAGUUAGUGGGAGACUUAAAGAAAGCAGAACAUUCAACAGCUUCAUCUGAUCAUACCUUUGCUGGACCUGGAGAUGUGGCCUGUGAUUUCUGUUCUGAGAGGAAACUGAAAGCCUCCAAGUCCUGCCUGGUGUGUAUGGCCUCUUAUUGUGAGCAGCACCUCCAGCCUCACUACAACGUAGCUCCAUUAAAGAAACACAAACUCAUCAAAGCCACUUCCAAGCUUCAGGAGAACAUCUGCCCUCGCCAUGAUGAGGUGAUGAAGAUCUUCUGCCGCACUGAUCAGCAGUGUAUCUGUUAUCUUUGUUUAAUGGAUGAACACAAAGACCAUGUCACAGUGUCAGCUGUAGCAGAAAGAGCUGAGAAACAGAAAGGGCUUGAAACAAAUCGGCAAAAUGUCCAACAGAUAAUCCAGAACAGAGAGAAAGAUGUGAAGGUGCUCCAAGAGCAAGUUGAGGCUAUGAAUCUUUCUGCUGAUAAAGCUUUCAGAGAAUGUGAUAAGGCUUUCAAAAAUUUGAUCAGUCUCAUUGAGAAAAAAAGCUCUGAGGUGAAGCGGCAGAUCAAAGCCAAGCAAAAAUCUGAACAGAACAGAGUCAAAGAGCUUCAGGAGAAAAUAGAGCAGGAGAUCAGAGAUCUGAGGAGGAGAGACACUGAACUGCAGCAGCUCUCACUGACAGAGGAUCACCUCCAUUUUCUGAAAAGCUACUCCUCACUGUCACAUCUGAGUGCAUCUACAAAUGUACCCACCUACAACAAUCUUACUCUGCAGUACUUUGAGGAUGUGACUGCAUCUGUGUCACGGACCAGAAAUAAAGUGAAGGCUCUUCUCAGUGAUGGGUGGCCCCAAACUUCUUUCUCAAUGACUAAAGCAGAUAGAUGGGUGGCCAAAAAUCUCAGAGAACCCAAAACCAGAGACGAAUUUUUGAAAUAUUCUUGUCAGAUCACUCUAGAUCCAAAUACAGCACACAAACGUUUAUCACUGAGUGACAGCAACAGAAAAGUGACACUGAUGAGUAGAAACCAGCCAUAUCCAAGUCAUCCAGACAAAUUCCUUCAAAGGUUGCAGGUCCUGAGCAGAGAGUGUCUGGCUGGAGGCUGUUACUGGGAGGUGAAGUGGAAUGGGACAGUUUAUGUAGCUGUUGCAUACAAGGAUAUCGGCCGUACAGGGACCAGAGAGGAAUGUGGAUUUGGAUUGAAUGACAAAUCCUGGGCAUUAAGAUGUUCAAUCAAUGGUUGUGAAUUCAAACACAACAACAUUUCCACUCCCAUCUCAGGCCCUCAAUCCUCCAGAAUAGGAGUAUAUUUGGAUCACAGGGCAGGAACUCUUUCUUUCUACAGCAUCACUGAGACCAUGAAUCUCCUCCACAGAGUCCAGACCAGGUUCACUCAGCCUCUCUAUGUUGGACUGUGGCUUCCACAAAGUGCUGGACACACUGCUGAGCUGUUUGACUUCAAGUAGAUAAGAGAUAUUGAACUGUGCAAUACAGUAUUUGUUAAGAUGUAUGUAUGUACACUAUCAAAGAUCUUUAUGUAUGUUAUGAUUUGUACCUUAUUUUUUCUGUUUACAAAAUCAUUUUCCAAUAAUUUAAUUACUGAGGUAUGUAUGUAAAUGUGUAUGUGUACUUAACUUUCAGACUCAUAACUAAAACAUUUAUCAAAAUUAUAUUUUUCUGAAAUUCUCAAAUAAUACUGUGUGUUGAGAAAUAAUGAUAAAAACUGUGUUGUCACUGGGUUAACCGCGGGAAACAAAAAGAAAAAUGCAAAAAGAUAACACAAUAUAUGUCUAUGAUGACGUGUAUGUUUGGAUAAUUUUGUUUGAUGUACUUUUAUUUUUACAAAAAAAUAAGAUUUUAUAUAGGAUACCUUUUUUUUUUCAUUUACAAAAAAGCAAAACAAAAAGCGAAGCAAUGGAGUUUUCAUCCACAUGAGAUGCGCUGCCAUACAGUCCUCCAAGAUCCUGGGUCUUGAAACUUAGUUCACUUUUAUUUAUAUAACGGCAAACUACGAUAGUUGCCUCAAGAUUCUUUAAGGCAAGACCCUACUUUAAAAUCAAGAAAACCUUGAAAACCCCAACAAUCAGAAGACCCCCUUUGAGCGAGCACUUUGGCGACAGUAGGAAAGAAAAACUUCCUUUUAACAGGAAGAAUUCUUCAGCAGAAGGGCUUGUGUACACACAAAGCCUGAAGAAAUUGAUCUUUUUUUUUCUAACCACUUGGAAAGCUCUAAGGUUUCAUUCGUCUUCAUCUGGCCAUCACUCCUCAAGAAGAUCUGCUUUGCAGGUGCUGUAGUUUCACACUCUUUGGCUGCCUGCAGGGAGUUACUGAUAAUAGAUACAACAAUAUGAAAGUAUGACUCAAGCCUGCCUUUCAUCAAUGGCUCAGAUUGCUGAUGAUGUAAUGGUGUGGUGAUUAUGUUCUUGGCACACUUUGGGCCCUGUAAUACCAACUGAGCAUUAUUUAAACCCCUUAACUUACCUAAGCAGGCAACUCUCCAUAUUGUCAAUAUGGAGCAAAAUGGAGCAGAAUUCUGGACAAAUAUAUCAGUUUCCAUCUGGUAUAUCAUACAGACAUAUGGCUAGUAUAGAGUAAUGGAUCUAAAUGAUCAUCAGUUCCCAAAAGCUGUUUUUUGAAAAUCAUUCCAGAAAUGAAGUAACCUUGGAAAAUCCCAAAAUAUAAGUGUAAAAUCCUCAAUCAAUCCAAAGCCCCUACAGCAAAAUUACUAUAUCUUGAAAUAAUAAUAAUGGGUAUAUUGAAAUAUCUCAUUUUUAUUUUCACUUUGCUAGUUUACUUCCUGCUUUUAAUUUUGCCUUAUUAUGAAAACAUUUUUCAUCUGUUAUACUCCUACUUAAAUUAGUGUAGACCUACAGUAUGUACGUUUUUGUCAUGGUGCUGGGUGGUUGACCCAGCGUUUUGUGUUUGUCAUUAUGUUUAUUAUUUUAUCUGAUUUGAUGUUAAUUUCUUCUUGGUUAUUAGUAUGUAGGUUUCAUUCUCAGGGUUUCCAGUCCUAAGGUUUAUUUCCUGUGUCGUCCCCCUUCGUGUCCAUGAGUUUGUUUUAUGAAUUUCCUGUUUUACUUUAAAGGUCUGUGUCUGUUAUCACUGUGUUCAGCUUGUAUCCUCCCGUCAUCUUGUGAAUUAGGAUCAUCUGUGUGUCAUUGCCUGGUAACCGUGUGUGUGUGUGUGUGUGUGUGUGCUCUUUGUCUGCUCGUCUCUGUUUCAUGGUGUUUUGUUCUUUGGUCUGUGUCUCUCUGCCCUUCACCCCGUUUCAUUAUGAUUUCAGGUUUGCUCUUUAGUUUUCCCAGUUUAGGUUUCUUCAGUAGCUUCUCAUGCCUCAUUGCCUCAUUUUGUCACU